AUGCCGUUGAAGGACCCCCAAGCUGUGGUGGCACAGAAGGACGAGGAAAAGUCGGAGCGUGAAGAGAAGGCUGUCUAUGAUGAUACGGACUGGGAGCACGUGGGUGCAUCUAUCGAUGAAAAAGAAACGGCUGAAGAGGAGUGUACCGAAGACAAGGAAGUCAGCCAGCCGGGUCAGGUAGCCUCCGAGAAACCGGAGCGCCGGUGGCAGGGACGUCGAAGACAGGAGGAUGAGGCAAAAGGGAAUGUUGUUUCUGAGCUUCUGGACUGUUUUUAUGGGCCGUUUGAUGGAGUGUCCUAG